AUGUCGGACCCACGGGACAUCGAUGAGGACGCCAUCCUCAAGGGCAUGAGCGCCGAGGAGCUGGACCAGCUGGAGUACGAGCUGCAGGAGAUGGAUCCUGAGAAUGCCAUGCUUCCCGCGGGAUACCGGCAGCGUGACCAGACCAAGAAGGGUCCGACCGGGCCCUACGACCGCGACGCCCUCAUGCAGCACCUGGAGAAGAGCGCCAUGGAGGACCCGGAGCGGGAGGAGCUGGUGCCCUUCACUGGGGAGAAGAAAGGAAAGGCCUUUAUUUCCAAGACAAAAAGAGAGAUCCCAGCGAGUGAGCAGAUCGAACUGGAGCCGGAGCUGGAGGAGGCUUUGAAGAACGCCACAGACGCCGAAAUGUGCGACAUCGCAGCCAUCUUGGGAAUGUACACACUGAUGAGCAACAAGCAGUACUACGACGCUCUGGGAACCACAGGAAAAAUCGCCAACACCGAGGGCAUCAACAGCGUGGUGAAGGCAGAUCCCUUCAAGAUCUUCCCUGAUGAACCUCCAAACUGCACCAACGUGGAGGACGCUCUGGAGCGAAUCAUCAGCAACGACAGCAGCCUCACAGAAGUCAACCUCAACAACAUCAAGGACAUUCCCAUCCCCACACUGAAGGAGAUCUUUGAGGCCAUGAAGGAGAACUCACACGUGGAGUCCCUGAGCAUCGCCGCCACUCGCAGCAACGACCCCGUGGCCUACGCCUGUGCUGAGAUGCUGCAGGAGAACACCAGUCUCCAGAGUCUUAACAUUGAGUCCAACUUCAUCACCAGCGACGGCAUGAUGGCGGUGAUCAAAGCCAUGGGCAGCAACGCCACGCUGGUGGAGCUCAAGAUCGACAACCAGAGGCAGAGGCUGGGAGACUCGGUGGAGAUGGAGAUUGCCACAAUGUUAGAGAAUAACUCCAGUAUUCUGAAGUUUGGAUAUCACUUUAACCAACAGGGCCCUCGCGCCAGGGCAGCCGUGGCCAUCACACGCAACAACGACAUGAUUCGCCAACAGAGACUAAGAUGA